AUGGCACCUUCAAUGAAUGAAAACUUUGAUUCUUUGACUCCAGAUCAAAUUGUUUCGGUCAUUUAUGGUAUAAAAUCAAAGAACAAACAUCAAAGGGAGUAUGCCAUUAACAAUUUCUCAAAUAUUUCGAAGAAACUUGGUUCAGAUAGAACUAUUCAUGAAUUAGUACCAUAUUACAUCGAAUCAACGACAGUUAAUAUCGAAGAAAUUGCUGGAAUCAUCGAUCAAAUUGCAAAACUCGAUUUUAAACAGUUGAAAUCCGAUGAAAUCGAAUUCUUAUUAAAUACAAUCAAACAAUACACAGAAAUAGAUUCCACAGAUACAAGAAAUUCAUUUGCACAACUUAUGUCCAUUUUAGUUGAUGUUUUAGAUAAUGACCAAUUUGAAGCCAUAUUUUUGCCAUAUUUCCAUAAUCUACUUGAAGAAGAUUAUGCACCAAUGAAGUUCACAUUCUUUACUAUCCUGAAAUCCAUUGCCGAAAUCCUUACAGAAGAUAUGCUCGAAGAAAUCUUCAUUAAAUACCAAGAAUUAGGCGAAAUACCAGUAGAAGUCCAAGUGCAUAUGAUAGAUGCAUCAUCCGAGAUAUUUAAAUACGCAAAUGAAAACACGAAAGACACAAUUCUUCAAUUGAUCAGUGAAUACAUAGAAUCAAAGGAUCCACGAGUUGCAUUAGCAUUACUUACAAUACUUCCUAAUAUUGAUGCUUCAAAAGAUCAAGCGAAUUCUUACAUAAAACAAAUUAUUCUUUUUGAAGACUUCAGAGUACAAACAAAGGCCAUUGAAACGCUUACCAAGCUUCGUAAGAUAAGUCCUGAUGAUAUUGUUGACUAUUUAAACUACUAUUACCAGACGAAAAACAAAAUUUUACUUGUUUCCAUAGCAGAUGCCCUUCCUUCAUGCAAAGGAUGCAGCGACAAGAGCAUUAAUACACUUAGAGACAUGGUCGAUGACUUUUUACAGUACGAUUUCCCUCCAAUUAUCGUAUCAACUUUGAAAGCACUUUAUCCAUUGAUAGAUGAGCUCGGAAACGAAUAUGUUCUUGAUUCAAUCACACAGUUCAUUGCUAGUUCAACAGUAGACCUCCAAUUGGCUGCUGUUUCAACAAUUAUUUAUUCAGAUUUCAGUGAAGACGAGAAAGGAUCAAUCAUUGACGGUGUUCUUCAGAAGAUCGAUUGGCGAGGUCGAUUUGCAAUUGCAGAAUCAGAUUCUCUUUUGCGAGAUAAUAAUACACUUCUGGAACGUCUUAUUUUCGAUGAUUCAUAUCGUGUUCGAAACCGAGCCGCGAAAACAUUUGGCAAUCUUUCAAAAACGGAAGGCGAAACAUACAUCAACAAAGUUAUCAUUCCAACAAUCUAUAAAUUGUCUGUUGAUGAAGAUUACCAGCACAGACAGACAGCAAUUCAACUGUGUCUUGAGUUAGAACACAAAUCAGUUGCGAAAGACAUUCUUGAAAAUCUUUCAACAGAUCCAGUUAGUAAUGUUAGAAUUACAGUUAUGAAAAUCUCUCAAUUGAUGGGAUUCGAAGAUAUUGUCAUUAAACUUAAAGAAGAUCCUGAUGAAGAUGUCCGAGAUGCUGUUUAA